GCAGCCUCCGCUGGCCCGCCUGUGCUGACCUGCCUCGCUUGCCCCCAAAGAAUGUCAGCCAAGUCCAAGGGGACCCCCUCCUCGUCCUCUCCAGCCGAGGGACCGCCGGCAGCCUCCAAAACCAAGGUGAAGGAACAGAUCAAGAUCAUCGUGGAGGAUCUGGAAUUAGUCCUGGGCGACCUGAAGGACGUGGCCAAGGAACUUAAGGAGGUGGUUGACCAGAUUGAUACCCUGACCUCUGACCUACAGCUGGAGGAUGAGAUGACUGACAGCUCCAAGACGGACACCCUAAAUAGUAGCUCAAGCGGGACGACAGCCUCCAGCAUAGAGAAGAUCAAAGUGCAGGCCAAUGCCCCCCUCAUUAAACCCCCAGCCCACCCAUCUGCUAUCCUCACGGUCCUGAGAAAGCCAAACCCUCCAGCGCCUCCUCCACGGUUGACACCCGUGAAGUGUGAAGACCCCCAGCGAGCGGCGCCCACUGUCAACCCGGUAAAGACCAAUGGCACCCUUCUGCGGAACGGAGGCUUCCCUGGGGCACCGACCAAAAUCCCCAAUGGAGAAAUCUACUGCAAACCCAGCAGUAACAUGGACAAGGCUCCCGGGCAGCCUCUGAUGCACAGACCCGAAAAAGACAGGUGCCCCCAAGCUGGGCCUCGGGAACGAGUAAGGUUUAAUGAAAAAGUCCAGUACCAUGGCUAUUGUCCUGACUGUGACACCAGGUAUCACGUAAAGAACAGGGAGGUCCUCUUACACAGCGAACCCGUCCACCCACCAGGAAAGCUUCCUCCCCAAGGCCCUCCCCACCCACUUCCCCCUCAUCUCCCUCCUUUUCCACUAGAAAACGGGGGGCUGGGAAUAAGCCACAGUAACAGCUUCCCCCCCCUCAGACCUGCAACUGUGCCUCCUCCCACUGCACCCAAACCACAGAAGACCAUCUUGAGGAAGUCCACCACUACAACAGUGUGAUGUAUGCCAUUUAAAAGCUUUUUUUUUGUUUUUUGUUUUUUGUUUUUUAAUUUUUCUAUAUUAUAAACAUAAUAAGUAAUGAGCACUUUCUACUCAAGCAAUAAAAAGCCCAAAUAUAUUUAUCCUGCAUUCAGCAGAGUGACAUAAAAAUCACCUGGUAAGUAUGCAGUACCUUGUUUAUAUCCUGAGUAUUCAUUGUUUAAAAAGUUACAUGAUCAGAAACCACAGAAUAAUGAAAAAACUAAAUAUGUCAUUUUUUUCAGUUAACCCAUUACAAACUGUAGGUUUCAAAGAUUUUGAUUUACUAUAAGAGAUGGGAUUAGAUUCAUUUUAUUCAUGCCUGAUUCAUCUAUGCAUUAAUAUGCCAUGCUCUUAACUUCGAUGUCAUGCUUUUUAAUAAGAAAUUUUAAUACUGAAGGACUAUUUUAUUAUUUUUUUCUAAAGAUGUUUGUCACUAGUUUUGCAUAAUUAAAUGCUGAGGAUGAUACAAGAAGGUUUAUUUUCUAUACUAUACAAUUAUGAUUCUAUGUUCAGCUAUAUAUGUAAUGAAAGAUUUGGUCUGUGGAAAUAUAUGUCAAUAAACAACGGUAAA